CAACUUUGCGAAACAAUUCGUUGGGUGACUACAAGGUCGUGACGUUGAAUGGCGGGUCAUGACAACAUCAACUGGUACGGGGAUAAGCACCCACACAGAAUCAAGUUUCGCACGUCAAUAAUGCAACGGCGAGUGGAACGCCAAGCGCGUAGGAAGCACGGAGGGAUAGUUAUCACUCAAAUAUAUAUAUGGCUCAAUGUAGCUUAAGUGAUGGUCCCUCGAAAAGCCCUUUCCUCAGACCUUGACCAUCGUCUCCCGCAUACAAUUCGAUUUAUCAAGCCUCCCAACUACGUGCAAAAUGGCAAACACAAACAGAUCCAAUGAAACAGGGUUGUUAACCCGAUGGGUUCCUGAUCGCCUCAAGCAUUCGCGUCUUUACCGCUGGUUCCUCCGCCUUACGCGCGUCCUGCAAUUCCUCUCCUCCGUCAUCUCUCUUGGCAUUUUCUCUCAGCGCAUGUACAAGGUAUACCGUCUGGUCAAUUCGAUCAAAACUCGCCGCGGAGUCAACAGUGCCAUCGGGGCCGUUGAGGGUAUCCUUGCCGCCGCCGUCCUAUACACGCUCAUCACGACUGUCAUGGCAUUUCUUCUCAAGGGAGGUGGUCCCAGGUGGCUCCGCUGGCUCUGGGUUCUCUUCGAUAUCUUGUUUGUUGGCGCUUUCAUCGCAGUUGCUGUUAUCACAUCGCCAAACGGAGGUAUGGCUGGACCAAGGCACUGUUAUGACGAUAGAGAUGCGGCAGACGCGGCAAACGUAACUGGUGAGACGACGACAGGCGAUGAUAGCUGUGACUUACCUUGGGGAACGUUCAUCCUGGCUAUCGUCAGCACGGUUUUUCAUGCCAUUACAGCUGCUUUCCAUGAAGUGCGCGACAUGUAUAGGAAGCACCACAAGGCGGGAAGUGACGAGCAUGCCAUUGCGACCCACCACCAGCAGAUGAGGCACUCCGAUGGUGUACACCACGGACCUACCGUUGCAAACGGACACCAACAAACGCAUAUGGGUUAUAGCAAUGGAAUGCAUGGUACCGCUAGGGUCUAAGGUUGGUUUUGAAGGGUAGUGCAACUGUAAAGGGUGUGGUGUUUUGGCUGUAUAAACUCCAAAAAUGCGUAAUCAAAUGAA